UCUCUCUGUUUAUAUAUAUAGAUGGGAUUCAUGAACCAAGGGGCAAGGAUCAAGGUAGUGCAUAGAGAGAAACAGGGGACGAGAAAAAUGGCAGAAGAACAGAGGAUUCAGAUUCCUAGAGUGAAGCUCGGGACUCAGGGGCUCGAUGUUUCGAAACUGGGAUAUGGAUGCAUGGGACUUACUGGGAAUUACAACGAUCCCGUCCCGGAAGAUGUCGGGAUUUCAAUCAUCACUGAGGCCUUCAAGAGAGGCAUAACCUUCUUUGACACGUCCGACAUCUAUGGGAACAAUACAAAUGAGAUCCUUGUCGGAAAGGCAUUGAAGAAACUGCCCCGAGAGAAGGUCCAGUUAGCCACAAAGUUUGGGGUUGUGAAGAUUGAUUUUAAAGGGGAUAUCGUGGUCAGAGGAACCCGUGAGUACGUCCGAUCAUGUUGCGAGGCGAGCCUGAAACGUCUCGAUGUGGACUACAUCGACCUUUACUAUCAGCACCGGGUUGAUACCACCAUCCCUAUUGAAGAAACCAUGGAGGAACUGAAGAAGCUGGUGGUAGAAGGGAAGAUCAAGUACAUCGGCUUGUCGGAAGCGAGCCCUGAGACAAUAAGGAGGGCCCAUGCGGUCCACCCGAUCACUGCUGUUCAGAUGGAGUGGUCUCUCUGGACUCGCGAUAUCGAGGAGGAGAUCGUCCCCCUCUGCAGGGAGCUCGGGAUCGGAAUAGUUCCAUACAGUCCCAUUGGCGGAGGGUUUUUCGGGGGAAAGGCGAUCACUGAGACCAUACCAGCAAACAGCCUUCUGGAAUCGCACCCAAGGUUUAAGGGAGAGAACUUGGACAAGAACAAGAUUUUCUAUUUCCAGAUUGAGAAACUGGCGGAAAAACACGGGUGCAGCCCUGCUCAGCUCGCUCUUUCCUGGGUUCUCCAUCAGGGGGAUGAUGUUGCACCUAUUCCUGGCACGACGAAGAUGAAGAAUCUCGAGAGUAACAUCGAGUCCUUGAGGCUGAAACUUACUGGAGAGGACUUGAAGGAGAUCUCUGAUGCUAUGCCAAUUGAUGAAGUUGCCGGUGAUCGCACAUUUGAAUACUUGCUUCGAUGCUCGUGGAAGUUCGCUAACACCCCACUGAGAGAUCACAAGGAAUGAGCAUGGAACUCGUGGUUCAUGCCAAAUUUUCACUUUGCUGGAAAAACGUUAUAUAUAUCGGAGAAUGAAAUGGAAUUUCCUGAUAAGCAUCAACUUUGCUUGAGCAUUACAAUGUAAUAAACAUUGAGAGAAUAAAUAAAAUGCCAGUUGAAUUUAGUAUAAAAGUUUGUGUUUUCUGAGGAUAAA